GCCAUAAAAUCAUCUGUUGAUCGAACUAAACACCAGUCAGCCAUAAGUGUGAGACGCGACCACGCGUUUCCGAACGACAUCCUUCAUUUUUAUUAUUACAUUCCGUAUAAUCUGUGCUUCGUAAUCUUCAUAUUGACAGGAAUAAAUUUCAUGAAAAUCUAAAGAUGGCCGCCGUAAACGGAAAUGGAAAAGACAUAACAGACGUUCCCGUACCUCCAUCCUCGCUAAUCAGACGCGUCAGUUCACGCUCCAUUCGAAAUUCAAUAUCUGAGGAGAAAGAAAAUGGCGACGCGUGCGCAGGAAAGGGUUCCUUCGUCAACAAAUACAGCAAGAAACCAGAAGCCCUAAAGAGUUUCCACAUGAAUGAAGCGGACAGUGAGCUUGAAGUACCCGGAACACCGAUGACUCCUAGAACCUCUACCACACCUGGCCAUGAGAACUGCACAUUCCACCAUGACCUGGAACUGGACCACAGGCCGCCCACACGAGAGGCCCUCCUCCCCGACAUGGCUAACUCAUAUCGGUUGCUACUCACAGGACUCGGUGAAGACCCAGAGAGACAGGGUCUGUUGAAGACGCCAGAGCGCGCUGCAAAGGCUAUGCUAUUCUUCACCAAAGGAUAUGAUCAAAGUUUGGAAGAGGUGCUAAACAACGCUAUCUUCGACGAGGACACGGAUGAGAUGGUGGUGGUGAAGGACAUCGAAAUGUUCUCCAUGUGCGAGCACCAUCUUGUGCCGUUCUACGGGAAGGUGUCUAUCGGAUACCUGCCCCAGGGAAAGAUCCUGGGACUCAGCAAGCUAGCCAGAAUCGUGGAGAUCUUCUCCCGUCGCCUGCAAGUGCAGGAGCGCCUGACGAAGCAGAUCGCCGUUGCUGUGACGCAGGCGGUGCGACCGGCCGGUGUCGCCGUGGUUAUUGAAGGAGUUCACAUGUGCAUGGUGAUGCGCGGCGUGCAGAAGAUCAACAGCAAGACCGUGACGUCCACCAUGCUGGGCGUGUUCCGUGACGACCCCAAGACGCGCGAGGAGUUCCUCAACCUCGUGCACUCCAAGUGAGGACACAGACGCACAGAUAGACACACAUGUUGCCGUUGUUUUCAAGUUUCACUAUUGUUUUAGUUAUUUUCAACACAUUCCAUUGUUUUCAAAUUUCACUGUUGUUUUAGUCAUUGUCAUUAGAAAUCUUAAUUUUUGAGCAGUCAAAAUUAUUUUGUUCUUUCUUUUUUUGUUAUAUACUUGUUCCGUGACACUUAGAUGCGCGAGGUGUUUCUUAAUUUGCAUGUUCCACGACCCUCAACCUUGACACUCCAAAGGACACAGACGUACAGAUAGACACACAUGUUGCCGUUGUUUUCAAGUUUCCCUAUUGUUUUAGUUAUUGCCAUUCGAAAUCUUAAGCCUUUCUCAAAUACCUACAUACCAUUGUUUUCAAGUUUCUCUAGUGUUUUUGCCACUGUUAUUCCAGAUCUUAAUUUUUUUACGAUAGUUAUUUCCUUAUCAGUUAUCACAUAAGACCUAAAGCUUAAGAGGAGUUUUUAAUUUUGAAUCUCAUGCUCUUCAAGUAAAGACACAGACAUACAGACAAACACAUAUGUUUCCAUUGUUUUCGAAUUUUUUGUCAUUGUCAUUCAAAUCUCAAACACAUUCCAUUGUUUUGAAUAAUUAAACAGUAAAAUAAAUAAUUUUAUCAAUUUUUGACUUUCACAUAUCGCUUGUAAUUUAAAUUUAAGCUUUUAACAAUCAUUAUUAAGUAUUUCAUGUGUUCAAUAUUAAUUACUUAAUUGUUUUGUUCAAAGAAAUCAAUAGAAAAUUGAAAAUAAAACAUGUUAAAUUUGAAUUAAGUCUAAAACUAAGGUUCCUUAUUAUUUCUUACUUAUUUUAAGUUUAGUUAUAAUUACGUUUUAAAUUUACAUUUAAGUAUUUUAUUUAUAUGAAUCAGCAAUAAAUAUAAUUCAAUGAGCUUAUUUUUUCAAUAAUCUUAUAUUGAAAAAUACUUUUCGAUAAAAAUAAUCUAAAACGAUAACCCUCACGAAAUCUUUUAAAGCUACUGCUGAUUUUAAUUAAAGUAAGGUUGCAUACAAACCAGACCAAGGAGAGAGUUUGGAAUUUUAGAAAAUUCUAGAAAAGUGUUUAGUCUUAUUUUUGAUAAAAUCCCAUUGUAUAUUAUGUCCCAUGUCCCAUUAUAUACCUAUCGCAUUGCCUUUUGCUGAUUCAUUACUAAAAAAAUUGUAAAGCUACAUUAACAUCGAAUAUGCGUUCUUUUCUUUAGUUAUUAAAAUAAAUUGGAUAUCAUCAAACCAAGUAUACAAAUUUUUAAUAAUAUUUUGAUUCGGUUAUUCAAAAUCAUGUGAAAAAGUUAUUGAAUAAGUAUCUGAAAUUUCAAAAACCAAUCGAAAUCUUAUUGACUUUAAUUAAAUCAUUAAACUUAAAAGUAAAAUGAUAAUUAUUGCUUUAAAAAGUUGCUUAAAAGCUUAAACUUAUAUCAAGCGAAUUCGAAAAAAGUAUACUUUAGUAGUAAGUAUACCAACUUUAUUGUUUAAAAGUACUUUAUUGCUUAUUGCAAUUUUUUGCUUAAAUAUUUUUUUUUUUUUUUUGCGCAUGACGCAUUAAAAGAACGCACGUAUGUUUUAAUGUAGCUGACCUUAGCUUAAUAUAUUUUAGGGAUGGCCAUAAAUUAUUGUGUUUUAUUAAAAAAAAUCAUUUUUAGCAAAUAAUUUAAAAAAAAAAUGAAAUAAUGUCUUUAUUGUUUUAAAAUACUAUAGAACAAUUUUAGUAAGCUAUUUUUGACGGUAACUGAAAGUGUAUGGAGAGAAAAAAUUAAGCUGAAAUGAUGUUUUAUACUUUAAAUUAAAAAUUUAAAAAAUUACUUUUAUUAUAAAAAGAUAACCUUGUAUAAAAAUCAAGGUUUUUGUCGUUAAAUACAUGUACUUAUCGUGUAAGUGCCAAUAAUAUUAUAAUGUGUAGAAAUUAGCAGUCAGUUACGCCUUUGUGAAUUGUCAAAAGUAGCUUUUAAAAAUGGCAUUACUAUAGUUUAUGGCAAUCUCUGAAUACACUUAUAGUUAUAAAAUGUUUUCGCUAGCAAGAUUUUCUGUUUUUUUUUUUUUAAUAGGAUGGUUGCCAAUUCGUGCCAAAUUCAAAAUCAAAUCUAUAUAUUUUUGUUAAAAUUGUUAUGUUAAUUAAUUAUGUUUAUAUAUUAUUCUUUUUGAUAAAAUUCUUUUUAUGACUAAAUUAAAACUGCCGUUGAUGUAAAUUAGUUGUUAAGAUUAUUUACAUUUUUAUAGGUUUUGCACAAAAGACCUAAAACAUUUGAUAGACAUUUUUUGGAAGAUUUUGCUCUUCAGAGUUCUGCAAAUGAUUUUUUAAUAAGUCUGGGUAAAAUGGGUAAAAAUAUGACAAAUUAUAUUGUGCCCCUUUGCAAUCACUUUGGAAACUACAAUUCCUCAUCAUAUUAUAAUAAACGAAUAAAGUUUUGCAAAGCUCAUAAUAACUUUACUAUACGCGAUGAAUUUGUACUUUUGUGAAUUUUAUGAGAUUUCCAAAAAAAAAGAUAUUUUUUGCUAAUUAUUUUGGGAGAUGCGAUGUAAAAAAUGUAUUGCCCAAACACAU